GUUCUGACCUUGGUGUCAGUGUCAUUAAAAAGACAGUCACAUUACGAAAGAGGGCAAGCCAAGUUGUUGAUGAUCCCUGACACAUCGCAAAAUGAGAAAUAAUGGCAUUAAACGUGUAAAUAAACAAUUUCAGACUGUACCAAAUAAUUUUUUUUUGCACGAAAAUUUUCAGUGACUCGGUGAAACACGAUUGAUUAAUUUAAAAACUAUGCUCGGGUGCCCCUUUCUCCACCUUAAUAUUCGUUAUGACAAAUAUGCAACGUCGUGGUAGCCUUUUGACAGUUUCACUCAAGUUUAGGCUCUGAAUAUCUAUGUAAAUCUAUGUAGGGCCAAACGUUUGCCGCCUCCGCUUCUCUCCCUUAUAGCGCGUGUUUAUCCGGCGGCGGGUCUGGCGUCUAUAGGCAUGUUGUGCUGGUGAUUUUUGACGCGGGGAGCACCGCACGCCGGGGAGAAGUAUUGUGAUGGAGCCUUCCAAUGGUGCCACGGAGAGCAAGGCCAACGUGGGCGUGAAGAGGGAGCUGGAGGGCGGCGACGAGGGCUGGAAGGGCAACACUAAGGGGCCGCGACACUUGAUGAAGAAGAAGUCCCGCCUCUGCCCAUACCUUGACACCAUCAACCGCCACAUGCUAGACUUUGAUUUUGAGAAGCUGUGCAGCGUGUCCCUCUCCAGGAUCAACGUGUAUGCCUGUCUUGUGUGUGGCAAGUACUUCCAAGGCCGUGGCCCCAACACACACGCAUACACCCACAGUGUGUCAGAUGCACACCAUGUGUACCUCAACCUCCAGACACUCCGCUUCUACUGUCUGCCAGAUAAUUACGAGAUCAUUGAUUCCUCACUGAGUGAUAUCAUCUUUGUUGUAAAUCCCACGUUUUCCCGCGACUACAUUCUGCACAAGGUGAAGCAGAGUAAGAUGAGCCGUGCCUAUGACGGGACUCUGUACCUGCCUGGUAUUGUUGGUCUUAAUAACAUCAAAGCCAAUGAUUACUGCAAUGUGGUAUUACAGGCGUUAUCAAAUAUCACGCCACUCAGAAAUUACUUCCUCGACCCAAGCAACUACAGCCACAUCCACCACGCCCCCGGCACACAAGGACUGGCCAUGUUCCCGCUCAUCACCAGGUUUGGGGAGUUGGUGCGCAAACUGUGGAACCCGAGGAACUUCAAGGCCCAUGUCUCACCCCAUGAGAUGCUCCAGGCAGUUGUUUCGUGCAGUAAGAAGAAAUUCCAGUUCACAGUGCAGGGAGAUGCCAUUCAGAUUCUCUCCUGGAUCCUGAACUCUAUGCACCUGGGCCUCAAGACACCCAAGAGGAAGAGCACCAUCAUUAACCGCUGCUUCAGGGGCACCAUGAGCAUCUCCUCACAGAAGAUCCUGCCGGUGGAGAUUGACGAGAAAGAACGGAACCGCCUGCUGCAGACAGAGGAGUACCAUGAGAAGAUGGAGGAGUCCCCCUUCUUGUACCUUACCUGUGACCUGCCUCAGCCACCUCUCUUCAAGGAUGAGAAGAAGGAAAACAUCAUUCCACAGGUGAGCUUGUACGUCCUGCUGAGUAAGUUUGACGGCAAGCAAGGCAAGGAGUAUCAGACCUACAAGGAAAGUAUUCUCAAGAAGUUCCAACUUACAGGACUUCCUCCCUACCUGAUCCUCUACCACAAGAGGUUUACAAAGAACACUUUCUACAUUGAGAAGAAUCCAACCAUUGUUAACUUCCCUGUGAAGAACAUUGACCUCUCUGAGUAUCUGACUGAUGAGGUGAAGGCACGCCAUCCUGAGCCUGUGUAUGACUUGGUCGCCAACAUCGUGCAUGACGGAGAGCCGGAGUCUGGGACGUACCGAUGUCACAUCCUGCACAAGGGCACUGCCAAGUGGUAUGAGCUGCAGGACCUCCACGUCAAGGAGAUAGAGCCACAGAUGUUGACCUUGACGGAGUCCUACAUUCAGAUAUAUGAGAUGCAGAACUGCCGGGUAAAAACACAGGAUAACAAGAAGGGUUCCUGAAGUUGAGAGGCGUUAGACCCUCAUCUGGCGGACCAUUUUUUUUCCAUAGGAACGAACAACCCUCUCAGUGCCACCAGCUGUGAAAAGACAAAAAGCUUACCCAACAGAACCAAAAGUUGCUGCCAGACUGUCCUGCCUUCAUUUGCAUAAAAAUACUCCAUGAACUCCUACUGUCCCAUAGGAGCAGCAUGUAGCAGGCAUUGUUUUUAUCUGGCCCUCAGCUGGACUUGUUUGUCACAUACACAAAAAAAGACUGGUACUGAUCUAAAGUUUCAGCAGUAGCAGCCGCAGCAACAAGGUGUCAAUUGAGGUAACAGCACUUCCAAAAAAGCAUUAAUAGCUAUGAUUGACACUCAGGGGAAAAGGUAAACAUGUAGAUAAGAAAAGACUGUAGGCUCUCUCAUUGAGGGGCUUGUCUGUCUUGCCACAACCUUGAUCACCUGCUGACCUCAAAGAAGCUACCCUCUACAAAGAAAAAAUAUAUACAUAAUUUGAUUGCUCUUUAUGUAGCUAUUCUGAUUACCCAAUAAAAGAAAGAGACCAUAGGAAUGUUUUACCAAAAGGUCCCAAAGCUGGUUGAU